GCUAAAACCCCCCCCCCCCUGCUGCUGGAUUUGGACGGCACAUUAAACUAGCCUCAAGGUAUGCAAUUUAUCCCUCUCAAGUCCUGGCUUUAUUGCUUGUUUCUUCUCCCUCACUAUUCAAAAUUUUGUCCCUCACCCUAACCCUCCCCUAUUCUUCUAUUAUUAACAGAGUUCACGAGUCGGUCAAGUAAGCACGUUAGGCUUUCCACUCCCCGGUCGUCCAACAUCGUCGUGUCGCCCAACAUGAGCGCGGCUCAGGCGAAUGAAGCGGAGAAGAAUAUCGAAAUAUGGAAGGUUAAAAAACUAAUCAAGCGUCUGGAGGCCGCCAGAGGAAAUGGCACCUCGAUGAUCUCUCUUAUCAUCCCUCCCAAGGACCAGGUAUCUAGGGCGGCAAAGAUGCUGGCUGAAGAAUUUGGCACUGCUUCCAAUAUCAAAUCCCGGGUCAAUCGUCUUUCUGUCCUGUCCGCCAUCACUUCCACGCAGCAGCGUCUUAAGCUCUAUAAUAAGGUUCCCCCCAAUGGCCUAGUCGUCUACUGUGGUGAGAUUAUCACCUCCGAGGGCAAGGAGCGUAAAAUAAACAUCGACUUCGAGCCAUUCAAGCCUAUCAAUACGUCACUCUACCUGUGUGACAACAAAUUCCACACUGAAGCACUGAGCGAACUUCUUGAAUCGGAUCAAAAGUUCGGUUUUAUUGUCAUGGAUGGAAACGGUGCACUUUUUGGCACGCUAAGUGGAAACACCAGAGAGGUCCUUCAGAAGUUGAGCGUUGAUUUGCCCAAGAAACAUGGCCGUGGUGGUCAGUCAGCACUGCGUUUCGCGCGUCUCCGUGAAGAGAAGCGCCAUAACUACGUACGCAAAAUUGCUGAGCUGGCCGUCCAAAAUUACAUAACCAAUGACAAGAUUAACGUUGCGGGUCUGAUCUUGGCUGGUUCUGCCGACUUCAAGAACGACCUCAACCAGUCAGAUAUGUUCGAUCAACGGCUGCAGUCUAAGGUGAUCAAAGUCGUUGAUGUAUCUUACGGUGGAGAGAACGGUUUCAAUCAGGCCAUCGAACUUGCCUCGGAAACUUUGAGUAAUGUGAAGUUUGUGCAGGAGAAGAAGCUCAUUGGCAAAUAUUUCGAGGAAAUUAGCCAAGACACUGGGAAAGUCUGCUACGGUAUUGAUGAUACUCUCAAGGCGUUGGAACUUGGCGCAGCAGAGACACUUAUUGUAUACGAGAACUUGGAUGUCACUCGAUGGGUCUUGAAGGACUCAACCGGUUCCGAAGUUGUCAUUCACACAACCAAAGCUCAAGAGGAGAGCAACCGGGAACUGUUCCUCGACAAGGAAACUAACACCGAAAUGGAAGUUGUAGACCAGUCUUCGUUCCUUGAGUGGCUUGCAGAGAGCUAUAAAGACUUCGGUGCGACUUUGGAGUUCGUUUCUGACAAAUCUAGUGAGGGUAAUCAGUUUGUUAAGGGCUUUGGUGGUAUUGGGGCUAUUCUCCGGUAUAAAGUCAAUUUCGAACAGCUUGCCGACUAUGAUGACGAGGACGAAUUUUAUGAUGAUUGACGGUCCAGCGACCUCGCAGGGAGCGAGGAUGAAAGGCCAGAAGACCCCAAUAUGGGUCUUUUGACGACUCGCCCUUUGUGGUAUGAAGGCAGCUUUCGUGGUGAACUCACCGCUUCAUUAGUAGGGACCAUCAUGCUGCGUGGACCGAACUCUGUCCAGCUGCUCAAAGGUAUGGUCACGCACAUCUGCCAGCAAUGUUUCUCCGGUAGUUACUAACAGCUAUGCUACCUAAUAGGGCCAUCCAAGCUUCGUACUUUUUGAGAUUCAUGUUACCUAUAGGGUCUAGGUUGAUACAAGGCGUACUUUGUAAAUGGAUGGUGGAUGUGAUAUGAUGCAGCUACCCACAAAUUGUCAGCCCUGGCAUUUAAGCCAGCGAGUUAGGAUUGAUUUAUUCCAAAAAGAUAUUCCUUGUUGGUGUUACUAUCCGAUUUGUUUAUUGCUCCUAUGUGCGCUCUUCAUAUAUAAAUGCCCAUCCCGCAAACAAAAA